AUGGCAUCAAAGGCACCUCAAGCAUAUGAAGUUGAUGUGAAUGAGCUCGAUGGUACUCCCGAGCAACAAGCUUAUAUGAAAGAUAUUAUUGAUCAAUUUACUAUUGAUACUGAUUAUCUCAAGCAAGUUCGCGAUCACUUUAUGGUUGAAAUGAAGAAGGGUCUUGAUAAAGAAGGUUCUACUGUUGCCAUGAUUCCUUCUUAUGUUGAAGGUCGUUUAACAGGUAAAGAAGAAGGUCAUUUCCUUGCUCUUGAUUUAGGUGGUACCAAUUUGAGAGUUGUUCUUGUUACUCUUGAAGGUCAAGGAAAGUUCAAAACUGUCUCUUCUAAAUCGAGAGUUUCUGAAGAGUUGAAGAUGGGCCCAAUGCGUAACUUAUGUGAUUAUAUUGCUGAAUGUGUUGAUACUUUCUUAACUGAACAAGGUCUUGAAGAUCAAGAAAUUGAACUUAACUUGGGUUAUACUUUCUCUUUCCCUGUUCUUCAAACAAAGAUCAAUCGAGGUGUCCUUUCUACUUGGACUAAGGGUUUUGCUUGUAGUGGUGCAGUUGGUAAAGAUCCUGUUUUGUUAUUGCAAGAUGCUCUUUUAAGAAAACAUGUCCCUGUUAAGGUAUCUGCUCUUGUAAACGAUACUGUGGGUACCCUUUUGUCCAAUGCCUAUAAUAAACCUGCUACCUUAGCUGGUCUCAUUUUAGGUACUGGUGCUAAUGGUGCUUAUAUUGAAAAAAUGAAGAAUAUUGGCAAGUGGAAAGGUGGUAAGACAACUUCAGAUGAAAUGAUUAUUAACAUGGAAUUCGGUGCCUUUGAUAACGAACGUAGAAUCUUACCUCUUACUCGUUUCGAUAACAAGCUUGAUCGUGAAUCUAUUAACCCUCAUGCUCAACUUUAUGAAAAGAUGAUUUCUGGUAUGUAUCUCGGUGAAAUUACCCGUAACGUCCUUACCGAUAUGAUUGAUCGUGAACUUCUCUUGAAGCGUGAAGAAAAUACUUCAUUUGCUUGGUCCAAGGAAAUUUCUCGACAUUGGUCCUUUGAAACUGCUUUUAUGUCAAACAUUGAAGCCGAUAACUCCAAGGAUUUCGCUUACACAAAAGAAAUUUUGGAUACUAAUCUCAGUUUGCAUGAUAUCACAACAACUGAAGCCAAGUUCAUUAAGAAGAUUUGUGAAUUGGUUGGUAAGCGUGCUGCUCGUCUUGCUGCUUGUUCAAUUGCUGCUAUUGUUCAACAUUGUGGUGCCGCUGAAGAAGGUUGUGAUAUCGGUAUUGAUGGCUCUCUUUACGAAUUUUACCCCUCUUUUGAAGAUAGAAUGUAUGAAGCUCUUUCUGAAUUGAUGCCUGAAAUUAGUGAUAUCCGUAAGACCAUUCGUCUUGGUCUUGCUAAGGACGGUAGCGGUGUUGGUGCUGCUCUCACUGCUUGUGUUGCUGCUCGUAUGGAAAACGCUCGAGCUUCUGCUUAA